AUGGGCGACAAUAGUGUCCAAAGCGAUGAUACCGUGAGGACUGUGCGAAUCGGUUCCCGGAAGAGUCGAUUGGCUGUGAUUCAGACGGAAUCGGUGGUCACACGGCUCCAGGAGGUGUACGGACAGCACAAGUAUGCCUUCACCAUCAAGACAAUGAGCACAACGGGUGAUAAUAUACACGACAUUCCUCUGGCGAAGAUCGGCGAGAAGGCUCUGUUUACUCGGGAACUGGAGGCUGAGCUCCUGGACCACAGAAUCGAUGUGAUCGUCCACUCCCUCAAGGAUUUGCCAACAACUCUGCCCGAGGGAUGUGUGAUCGCCGCCGUCACCAAACGCGAACACCCGUCCGAUGCCAUAGUAUUGAAGUCGGGCCUCCAUUUGGACAAUCCGUUUGACGUACUGCUGGACACCACUGGGGGAACGAUAGGCACGUCAUCAUUGCGACGAAUCGCACAAUUAAAGCGAUUAAAUCCGGAGAUAAAGAUCGCAGACAUGAGAGGAAACCUCAACACAAGACUCGCCAAACUGGACGCCCAGUCGAGCGGCUAUUCGGCGCUCAUUCUGGCGUCGGCCGGACUCAAGCGACUAGAGUUCAACGACAGGAUAUCCGGUCAGUUAUGGGACGACUGGUUCUACGCCGUAGGACAGGGAGCGCUGGCCAUCGAGACCAGGGCUGGCGAUACGGCCACAAUGGAUCUGCUGAAGCCUAUGAUCGACUUGAGGGCCACUUAUGAAUGUUUGGCCGAAAGGACUUUUAUGCAACAGUUAGAGGGCGGCUGUUCAGUGCCCAUAGGGGUCAGGAGCUCGUGGAAUACCGGUGCCAAUGACCACAACGAAGACAAUCGUUGGCUGUUGACACUGGAGGGUGUUGUGCUGAGCGUGGAUGGCGUCCAGAAAGUGGACAAUAAGAUUACCAUCGAUUUGGACGACAAGUUAGUAAACGCUAAUAUAGACAACACCGGCUGUCCUUUCAAUUACACCGGCAUUGCCAUCAGUCAGAUGACUGACCACACAGUUAUCAAUCGGUUGAGAAACAGUGCAAUAGUUGGCUAUGAAUUGGCGCAGAGUUUGAUAGAGUCGGGCGCCAAACACAUUCUGAAUGCCAUUAAACACUAA